UUUUAUGGGGCUUGUCUGCUCAGCUAACAAGAAAUGUUUAAAAGGAGCCAAAAUAAUAAACUUUAUUGUCAUUUUUAAUUUUAUAAUUCUUCAAUUCCAUGCACAUCUUCUUCUAUCUUCAACAAUUUUCAAUUUUUUCUCCAUCAUCAUCAUAUGCAUAGUUCAUACACAGUAGCCUGCUACAUAUGAGAAGGUAGAGAGUUGAAAGGAAAAGGAAAAAAAAAAAGGAAGAUCAAACCCACUUGUGUUCUUUCUUCUUCUUUCUUUCUUUCUUUCUUUCUUUCAUGCUUGAUUUGAUGGAUCCAGAGAUCUAAAUGCUUUCACAAUAAUACAUACACACUCUCUAGACCCUUCACCUGUUUUAUUAUUUUUUUCCCCAGAUCAUCCAUAUCUAUAUUCUUCAAUUGGGGCAUAAUUCAGUAUAAGCUUAAGCUUCUAGAUAAUCAAAGGUUUAAUUUUUGAGGUGAAGGACUAAAAUCAACUGUGACUGAAAAAUUGUUUUGGGGGUGAAGUUGUUCUUGGAUGGUUGGUAGAUGUGGAAAUUCCUGAAGGUUGUGUGGUGAGAUGAGGGAUGUUAUCAGAGUUGAUGAACUUUUUGAGGGCCUGCUUUCGGCCAGGUUCGGAUAGGUAUGGACAUGGUGGUUCGGAUGCUGGAGGAAAACAGGAUGGACUAUUGUGGUACAAAGACUCCGGGCAGCAUUUGCACGGCGAGUUUUCGAUGGCUGUUGUCCAAGCCAACAACUUGCUGGAGGAUCAGAGCUAUAUCAGAUCAGGAUGUUUAAGCACAAAUGAGUCUGGCCCUUUUGGCACCUUUGUUGGUGUCUAUGAUGGCCAUGGAGGGCCAGAGACGUCGCGGUUUAUCAAUGACCAUCUAGUUCACCAUCUUAAGAGGUUUAGUGCAGAGCAACAAUCAAUGUCAGUGGAUGUUAUUCGCAAAUCGUUCCAAGCAACAGAAGAAGGAUUUACAUCCCUGGUUGCCACACAAUGGUCGAUGAAACCACAAAUUGCAGCUGUAGGAUCAUGCUGUCUUGUUGGUGUUAUAUGCAAUGGAAGCCUUUAUGUGGCGAAUGUUGGUGAUUCGCGGGCUGUUAUGGGAAGAGCAGUUAAGGCAACUGGGGAAGUUUUGGCUGUCCAGUUGUCUGCAGAACACAAUGCAUCGAUAGAAUCUGUAAGACAGGAGCUGAAAUCUAUGCACCCUGAUGAUUCACAGAUUGUUGUUCUGAAGCAUAAUGUGUGGCGUGUGAAGGGCCUUAUCCAAGUUUCUCGAUCUAUUGGCGAUGUAUAUCUUAAAAAGGCCGAGUUCAACCGAGAGCCUCUAUAUGCAAAGUUUCGCCUUCGCGAACCAAUAAAGAAGCCUAUAUUGAGCUCAGAACCAUCUAUAUCAGUGCACCAGUUGCAGCCACAAGAUCAGUUUGUUAUAUUCGCAUCCGAUGGACUUUGGGAACACUUUAGUAAUCAAGAGGCAGUGGAUAUAGUUCAACAUAAUCCCCGCAAUGGAAUUGCAAGGAGGCUGGUUAAAAUUGCCCUGCAAGAAGCAGCAAAGAAAAGAGAAAUGAGAUAUUCAGACCUUAAGAAAAUCGACCGAGGGGUUCGUCGCCAUUUCCACGACGAUAUCACUGUGAUUGUUGUGUUCAUAGACUCAACUUUUGUGAGCAGGGCAACUUGUGUCAAGUUCCCUUGUAUUUCUCUUAGAGGCGGCGGCGUCAGCCUUCCUUCUAACACACUGGCACCUUGUACAACCCCGACAGAGGCCGGCGCCACCUGAUUAUUUAAGUUGCAUCCUAUCCUUGUCUUUUUCAUUUUCUUGUGUGAAUACCAGGUAUCUUCAAGUAGCAAUGAGAAGAGAGCAGCACAUGCAAUUCUUUAAAUGUGAAACUGUAACAUGUAGAAUUAUAAUACUCAUGUUUUAGGUUCCUUCCCACAAAUCAAAAGAACAGAAAAGGUAUAUAUAUACAUAUAUGAUGACCAUCUAUAAGAGUUGCCUUGGCACCAUUUACCUUGUUCAGUGUUCAUUUGCAUGUAACCAUUUCUGGGGAAGUUUUUUUUUUUUUUUUUUUUUUGUUUCCAGCUGUAUAUAGAGCUUUGUAGUCUAUUCAAUGGAAGGUGGGAGAUGGAGAGUUCAUGUUGUGAAAGAAAUUAAAUGAGUGACAUUUCAGGGAAUACAUACAUGUUUCAUUAUUUCAACUUUCAAUGCUUAGAUUUUGAGAGAAGUAAUGU